AUGGCGUGGUCUAGUUUGCGUAGCAUUCCGGGUAACAUCUGUUUGCAUCUCCCGCAACAUCUAGAUACAGGAAGGGUUGCAUGUGGUUUCAACAGCCUUUGCUCGAUUGGAACUGACCGGAGCUGCAGACGGAAUUUCACCGAGCAAGAUUGUAAGGAUGAAUCUCGAGGUGAUGAGGCUUUCACGAUGCACGAAAUGCUCAACACUAACUGGAUUGAAAAAGAUUGUUGGAAGAAAAGAUAUCCGCUUUUAAACGGGAGGACAGAUCCAACAGAAACAGCGAAAGCAUUUUUGAAAAUAAGUACUACCACUAAUACUACCAUGCCUCGGUCUCAAGCUGGUGAAAACAGAAAAAAUCAAUCUAGUCUAAUCAUUUCUGUUUCUAAGAAAGCUACAAACGGAUUUGAGGAAGAGUUAGGAACCGGUGCCUUAUCAACAGUUUACAAAGCGAUUCUUAAUGACGAAAAUGGGAAAAUAGUUGAUGUCAAGAAACUACAAAAGACAGUAACAGAAGGAGAACAAGGAUUCCUAGCUGAAGUGAAUUCAAUCAGUAGGAAUAAUCACAAGAACUUGGUCCAACUCCUUGGGUUCUGCAAUGAAGGCCAACACGGGCUUUUGGUAUAUGAACACAUGGAAACUGGAUCAUUAGCAGACUUGCUAUUCAAAGAUUCUAGGCUUAAUGAAGGUUUGACAGCAACAAUAGCAGGUUUCGGAAUAGCCAAGCUUAUGAGGAAAGAUCAGACUCGAACAACCACUAAGAUACGUGGGAUAAGAGGGUAUGCAGCCCCAGAGUGGUUCAGGAACAUGCCUAUAACUGUCAAAGUGGACGUGUACAGCUUUGGAAUCUUGCUUUUAGAGCUGAUUUGCUGCAGAAAAAGUUACAAGCAAGACGUGGCGAAUGAGAAUGAAAUGAUACUCGCGGAGUGGGUUUGUGAUUGCUACAGGAGAAAAGAGUUGCAUUUACUCGCGGGUGAUGAUGAAGAGCCCAUAGAAGAUAUCAAGAGGUUCGAGAAGUUGUUGAUGGUUGCUAUUUGGUGCAUUCAAGAAAAUCCAGCAUUAAGGCCUAGAAUGAAGAAAGUCAUGCUAACACUUGAAGGUUCUGUUGAAGUCUCAAUCCAUCCAGACCCUUUUUCCUUUAUCUGA